AUGUCUAUCCUAGCGACUAGUGCCGGUGUUAAGCGUCUUUUUAACUCUACCCGGGAUAUUUGCCACUAUCGCCGGGGGUCGUUAAGCCUAGAGACUAUCCAGCAAGAGAUCGCAGCUACGUCCGAAGAGCUUUAUAUUAAAACACAUUAUGCCGAAGCUAUCAGUGAUACUAAGGAAGAUAUCGAAAUACACCUUGAUACCCCAGCCGUAGCACUACUCUUAGCCGUUGCCGCUGGAAAGCGGCCGGCUAUCAAUUCUGACGAUAAGGAAGACCCUGAUACCGAUGACAUUACGGAUCUAGAAGAGACCUCGGAAUUACCCUUACCUAAUACGCAGCAGCGUGAUUAUAUUACUAGCGAGAAGCGGGGAGAGAACUGUCCGUCUUCGGUCUCGAUCGAAAGAAAUGCGCGAAUCGGUACCGUCCGUCGCGUCGAUAAGGUGACUACGGAAAACGAAGCUUCCUAG